CAGAGGUGCGCCCGCUCGAGCUUCUCAUUCUUUACUCUUGAUAAAAAUGGCGCCAAUCAAGCGCAAGGGAAACGGCGCAGAGGAUGUAACUGCUCGUCAGCCCCAGAAGCGCGUACGAGUUGGAGCAGAAGAAGGCAAGCGCCAGCAAAAGAAACGAUCCAGCCACGCGUUAGAAGCAUCCUCGACCAAAGAGGUCGGGGAGUCGAAAGCUUCACUUAGCUCGGCAUCAAAGGCGUCCGAAAUUUCUGUUCUGCGAGACGACGAGCCGUCUUUCCCUCGUGGUGGUGCGAGUGUCUUAACUCCUCUUGAGCGGAAACAAAUUCAAAUUCAAGCGACAAAGGACGUACUCUUCGAGCAGAAAGGAUCGACAAAACAAUCUGGCGAUUUGGAUGAUAGCGAGGGAGAGGAUGACGUUCAAGUGGAUGAUGAGAAUGAGCGUGCCUCUGUCAAGAAACCUCGCAAAAAGAAAUCUAAAAGCCAAAAGCAUCUCGAACGAGAAGCGUCCGAAAAGCAAGGUGUUCGGGUCGAAGGUCUCAGCUUCAAGCGCAUUGUCCCUGGAUCUAUGGUUCUAGGACAAGUUUCAAGUAUCAAUGCUCACGAUAUAGCCCUUUCCCUACCUAAUAAUCUUACCGGCUAUGUUCCUUUAACCGCGGUCUCCAAGAUCCUCGACCAAAAGAUCGAAAAGAUGUUAAAUGACGAUGCUAGUGAUGAGAAUGAGGAGGACACAGAAGAGGACAUUCUGGACUUGAAGGAUUACUUCUACCUGGGCCAAUACUUGCGAGCUUAUGUCGUAUCUGCUGGAAACGACUCUACUGACGCCUCUUCCCGGAGCAAAAAACGAAUCGAACUUUCUGUUGAUCCCGAACAGGCAAACUCGAGUCUCACGAAGUCUGAUUUAGUCGUGAACUCUGCUGUUCAAGCGUCGGUCGUCAGUGUGGAGGACCAUGGUUUAGUUAUGGAUCUUGGCGUCGAAGGCCCCGAUAUUAAAGGUUUCAUGUCUUCCAAAGAAAUAGACCCGAAACGGGAUAUCACGAGCGUCAAGGAGGGGUCGGUUUUCCUGUGUAUGGUCACUGGCCACAGCGCCAACGGAAAUGUCGUCAAACUAUCUGCCAAUCUCCAAUCCUCUGGCUCUGUCAAAAAAUCGCACUACCUGAGCAUAGCACCCACAAUUAAUUCAUUUCUGCCGGGAACUGCUGCGGAGAUCCUCUUGACGGAUGUUACGACUAACGGUAUGGCUGGGAAGAUAAUGGGCAUGCUAGAUGCAACGGUGGACCUGGUUCAGUCUGGAGGAAAUGCAGGGAAGGAUGAACUGACCAAAAAGUUCCAUAAUGGUGCAAAAAUUAGGGGCCGCCUUGUUUGUACCUUCCCAGCCUCGGAACCAUACAAGGUUGGCUUUUCGAUGUUGGAUCAUGUUCUCAAAUUUGCAUCAGAUGGCCAUGGACCUGGUUCUUCCAAUGAUGCCCCCGCAAUUUCUGCGAUUGUGCCCGAGUCGAAGGUGGUGGAGGUUGACCCUCGUCUUGGAGUUUAUGUACAGAUUGGAUCGACGAAACACUUGGGAUUUGUCCACAUUUCUAAGGUCUCAGAUGGGAAAGUUGAGAGCAUCUCGGCGGAACAAGGCAAAUUCAGAGUCGGUUCCAGUCAUGAGGCGAGGAUCAUCGGCUACAAUGCGCUUGACAAUCUUUACUUAAUGUCUUUUGAAAAGCAUGUCAUUGAUCAGCCAUUCCUUCGCAUCCAGGAUGUGACAAUCGGCGCUGUAGUGAAAGGAAAGAUUGAGAAGGUCAUAAUCGGCCCUAAUGGCUUAGAUGGAUUGAUCGUCGCACUUGCUGAUGGCAUCACUGGUCUUGUUCCGCCCAUGCAUUUUGCGGACACGCAGCUGCAGUUCCCCGAAAAGAAAUUCCGAGAAGGAAUGACAGUCUCUGCUAGGAUCCUUUCCGUUAACUUGGAGAAGCGCCAAAUUCGCCUGUCCUUGAAAAAGACCUUGCUGAACAGCGAAUCAGCAAUUUGGAAGGAUUAUGAGGACAUUGUUCCCGGAGCUCAAUCCCCAGGCACCAUUGUCAAUAUCCAACCACAUGGUGCUGUCGUCCAGUUUUAUGGUACCGUGCGAGGGUUCCUUCCGGUGUCGGAAAUGAGCGAGGCUUAUAUCAAGGAUCCAUCUCAACAUUUCAGACUGGGCCAAGUCGUCAAUGUUCACGCUCUGAGUGUAGAUGCGUCUCUUGGAAAGUUGGCUGUCUCCUGCAAGGACCCUUCGACCUUUACAGAGAGUUACAGAAAGGCCUUUGAAAAUCUCCGUCCGGGGCAUCUAGUUACUGGGGUAGUGUUUGAAAAGUCAAGCGAUGACCUCCUUCUCAAACUUGAUGAUUCUGGUCUUAUAGCUCGGUUGGAUGUUCGGCAAAUCGUUGAUGGUUCUCCAUCGAAGCAGAGCUCUGCCCUUUCCAAGACCCGCGUUGGACAGAAGCUCAAUGACUUGCUCGUGAUGGACAUCCAACGUGCGCAUCGGCUCAUCAAGGUGACGAACAGGACAAGCCUGAGAAAAGCUUCGGGAAAGGGGCUUGUCCCUUGGCGAUUUGAGGAUGUCCACGAAGGUGCUGAAGUCACUGGGUUUGUUCGCAAUAUAACUUCAGACGGCAUUUUCGUCGAAUUCCUUGGUGGUCUCACGGCAUUGGUCCCUAGACGACUUGUUAGCGAUGAGAGUACAGACAAGGCAGAUUUCGGGGUGGAGAAGAUGCAGACAAUUUCUGCAACGGUUCAUUCUAUUGAUACCGACUUCCGCCGAUUUAUUCUAAGCAUGAAACCUUCAGAGGCCACUCGCGCUGGCCCUAAGGAACGAAAAACACCGGCUCGUACUGAGGAUGUGAUCACCAACGCCGUCGACGAAAGCAUCCAUUCAAUGUCUAAUCUUGUGUUUGGAAGGACCGUGAAGUGCAGGAUUGUUUCCGUCAAGACAACUCAACUCAACGUCCAACUUGCCGACAAUAUUCAAGGUCGGAUCGAUGUUUCUGAGGUCUUUGACAAAUGGGAAGAUAUCAAAGACCGGAAACAUCCACUAAAAUACUUCCAACCGAGAGAAGUUAUUUCCGCUAGACUCCUCGGUGUCCAUGAUGCUCGCAAUCAUAAAUUUCUACCGAUCAGUCAUCGCACCGGCAAAUAUCCGGUGUUCGAACUUUCCAUUAAGCCAAGCUUCCUUGAAGCAGCUAAUCCCAGCCCAUUGAACUUGGAACAAAUUCAAGUCGGGUCGUCAUGGUUGGGAUUUGUCAACAACAUUGUUGAUAAUUGCUUGUGGAUUAACCUGUCGCCCAACGUUCGUGGAAGGCUUCGCUUCAUCGAUGCAUCUGACGAUCUAUCUCUUUUAGCCGAGGUCGAAAAGAAUUUCCCGGUUGGGUCUGCUUUACAGGUCCAUGUCACCGCUGUCGACACCGACAAGGGUCGUCUGGAUCUUUCAGCAAAACAUGGCCAGAACAAUCUUUCGUUGACAGAUUUGUCUGUAGGCAUGGUUUUGCCAGGGAGAGUGACUAAGAUAACUGAGAGGCAGGUGAUCAUGCAGCUCAGCGACACAGUUGUAGGUGCGGUUAAUUUGAUCGACUUUGCCGAUGAUUACUCCAAGGCAAAUCCUACAAUAUAUCAGAAGAAUGAAGUUCUUCGCGUGUGCAUCAUCGGCAUCGAUGUUCCUAAUAAGAAGCUUUCUCUCUCCAUGCGGCCAUCCAAGGUUUUGAGCUCCUCUCUUCCCGUGCAGGAUCCGGAAAUUUCUUCGUUGAAACAACUAAAAGCAAACGAUAUCGUUCGAGGAUUCGUGAAGAGGAUAGCCGAUAGCGGACUGUUUGUCACCUUGGGUCAUAACGUCACUGCCUACGUUCGAAUCUCAGACCUCUCAGACUCCUAUAUUAAGGAGUGGAAAAAUGAAUUCCAGGUAGAUCAACUAGUCAAAGGUAGGAUUACCUUGGUGGAUCUGGAGCAGGGAAGACUGCAAAUGAGCCUAAAAGAAUCCGCCUUGGAUCCGAACUACAAGACUCCGAUAACUCUGCGGGACCUCAAACCCGGCCAGAUUGUUACUGGAAAGAUCCGCAAGGUAGAGGAAUUUGGCGCAUUCAUUGUCAUAGAUGGAUCAGCGAAUGUCAGUGGCCUUUGCCAUCGCAGCGAAAUGGCCGACAAGCGUGUUACUGAUGCCCGGACACUUUACGAAGAAGGGGACGCGGUGAAGGCCAAGAUCCUCAAAAUUGAUCGUAACGAGGAGAAGAUAUCCUUCGGGCUGAAGGCGUCUUAUUUUGGUGACCAGGAAGACGAUAGUGAUGAGGAUAUGGUUGACUCCGAGGAAGACUCGGAAGACGAUGGUGGAGUCGGCAUUGGAAGUGACGACUCCGAUGAGGAUGAUGACGAAUCUGAGGGAGGAGUUGACCUGGAAGAUGAUGAGAGUGACGCUGAGCAGAGUGAUGAUAAUGGCGAUGGCGAUGUUGAGAUGGCAGACGCACCAACCAGGGAGGGAGGCUUAGGUGCAACUGGCUUUGACUGGAGCGGAAAUAUCCAGGACAACGAGGAGGAUGAAGCAGUUAGGUCAGAUCAAGAUGAGGACGAAAAUUCGAAGAGAAAGAAGAAGAGCCGCAAGCCGGAGAUUCAGGUGGACCGUACAGGCGACUUGGAUGCUCAUGGCCCGCAGUCGGUAGCCGACUACGAGCGGCUUCUGCUCGGUGAGCCUGACUCGUCACUGUUAUGGUUGAAAUAUAUGGCUUUCCAGUUAGAACUGGGUGAGGUCGAGAAGGCACGAGAAAUCGCCGAGCGUGCCCUCCGUACUAUCAGCAUGGGACAAGAUACUGAGAAGCUCAACGUUUGGGUCGCAUUGUUGAACUUGGAGAACACGUACGGCAAUGAGGAUAGCCUCGAGGAGGUAUUCAAGCGUGCGUGCCAGUACAACGAUACUCAGGAGAUCUACGAACGCAUGAUCAGCAUUUACAUCCAAUCUGGGAAGAACGAGAAAGCGGAUGAACUCUUCCAGACUUCACUGAAGAAGAAGAUCUUCCAAUCUCCCAAAAUUUUCAUCAACUAUGCCACCUUCCUCUUCGACACCCUGGCAGCCCCAGACCGUGGUCGUGCACUGCUACCACGUGCACUCCAGUCUCUCCCAGCCCACACCCAUGUCGAGACUACAUCCAAAUUUGGACAACUCGAAUUCCGAUCUCCAAAUGGAGACAUUGAGCGUGGUAGAACGGUGUUCGAAGGCCUUCUGUCGUCAUUCCCCAAGCGUGUCGAUUUGUGGAAUGUCCUCCUGGAUCUGGAGAUCAAGGCGGGCGAUAUUGAGCAGGUCCGCCGACUGUUUGAGCGGGUUCUCGGAAUCCGCGAUGUUAAGAAGAGUGCUGCCGCAGCGGCUACUCCGGAGGGCAAGAGGCUCAAGCCUAAACAGGCGCGGUUCUUCUUCAAGAAAUGGCUGGCGUUCGAGGAGAAGCUUGCAGGUUCCGGCGGCCGAAAUGAGAAGAUGAUUGAGGACAUCAAGGCGAGGGCAGCGGAGUACGUCAGGGCUUUGAAACAGGAGGAGUGAGUGGGUGUAAGCAUUGCGAAGUGAAAAAGUUCUUGUCUUUCUCUUGGGUUAAGGUGCUUUAUACUCCGUAUACAGGUCUAGAGCGUUGCAAUGUAUAUAAAAAGGCACUGCACAAUUUUCUUCUCGUUUUUGUACAUGCAUCAGGUACUGACGUGAUAUUUUAAUUGAAGUAAGCACAUA